GCCCUCGGAGGCGGCUGGCGCUCUGCCCGGCGGCGGCAGCCGAGCCUGAGCCGCGGUGCUGGAGCGAGGGGGCAGCAUGAAGCGCCUGCUGCGGGCCGCUUGCCGCGUGCCGUGGCCCUGCCGUGGCAGCGCCGGCUCCCUCCUCGGGCCCGCGGCUCUCCCCGACGCCGGGGGCCUCGGGAGCGGGGCCCCUCGCCGCUGUCUCUCGGGCUCCGGCUUCAACAUCCCGCCCAGCGCCGAGUUCGUGGCCCGGCCCGCGGGGGUCUGCUCCAUGCUGAAACUACCCGUCCAGGCCUCGGCGGAGGGGCUGGACGCGGCUUUUAUCGGUGUCCCCCUGGACACCGGCACGUCCAACCGGCCGGGGGCCAGGUUCGGUCCUCGCCACAUCCGGGCCGAGUCGGUGAUGCUGCGGCGCUACAACUCCAGCACCGGAGCCGCCCCCUUCGAUUCCCUGCUGGUCGCCGAUGUCGGCGACGUGAACGUGAACCUCUACAACCUGCCCGACAGCUGCCGGCGCAUCCGCGAGCGCUACGGCCAGAUAGUGGCCUCCGGCUGCGUGCCCCUCACCCUGGGUGGAGAUCACACCAUAACGUACCCGAUCCUGCAGGCCGUGGCGGAAAAGCACGGCCCCGUGGGGCUGGUGCACGUGGACGCUCACGCCGACACGGGCGCCGCGGCCCUGGGCGAGCGCAUCUGCCACGGGACGCCGUUCCGGCGCUGCGUGGAGGAAGGGCUGCUGGACCGCCGGCGCGUGGUGCAGAUCGGCCUCCGGGGCUCCUCCUACGCCCCCGACCCAUACCAGUACAGCCGGGAGCAGGGUUUCCGCGUCGUCCCCGCCGAAGAGUGCUGGCUGAAGUCGCUGGCGCCGCUGAUGGAGGAGGUGAGGAAGCAGAUGGGGGACAAGCCCGUGUACAUCAGUUUCGACAUUGACGGCCUCGACCCCGCGUAUGCCCCGGGGACCGGGACGCCCGAGAUUGCUGGGCUCACGCCUGCCCAGGCUUUGGAGAUAAUCCGUGGCUGCAAAGGCCUGAACAUCGUGGGAUGCGACCUCGUCGAAGUGGCGCCCGUGUACGACGCCUCCGGUAACACAGCCCUCCUGGGGGCAAAUCUGCUCUUCGAAAUGCUGUGCGUUCUUCCCAAAGUGAAAACCGUGUAAGGGCAGUUGCUGCCUCACCCAGCGCUUCUUUGCGACCCGUCGUGGUAAAACAACGGACAAAGAUGCGCCGAUGGAACUUGGUCAAGGUGGUCGGUCUUCAACAUCCUGCCCUCCACAGCCAGGUGCAGUUAACAAGCACUUUGCAGUAAGGAAUAAAUGUCGUUUACCACUAGAAAAAGUAAUUUCAAGCUUAUACGCUGUAGGUAGCAGAUGGGUUUGAACAACCCAUUUUCUGGUGUCAGCAGGGUGGUUUUGAGUUUGCUCGGUACGGGAAAAAAAAUGGCUAAUGGCACUUUGCCUCUGCUUUCUCCAUCUGAAUUACUCACCCAGCAGCCAGUGCUCGUGUACGAGCUUUACGCAACUGCCACCAGUAAAAGGUUUUUCCCAUUAAGAGCAGACGCAGAAGCAGGACAGCUGACACAGGGUAGCAAAUGUGUUCUGUGAGAGCUCUGUGUUGCGGAAGGGAAAAAUCUUGGGUGCGUGUUUAAGCGACAAGGAUGGCAGUGUUACCUCCGAGUCGGGGGUGAGGAUCAAGGUGAGCGGAUCUAGUUCAGCUCACACAAAGCGAUGGCUUGAGCCCGUGUGCUGCAUCGCCUGGGGCCUUCGCGUUCCGGCUCUGCAGGGUUCAGGAACCCCAGGCGUGAUCCUUAAGAGAGCAGAGCGGUAGUUUAAUAAACGUAGCAGCCUAUUUUCCCGAUGGGGAUAACCAGGCCCUUCCCUCAACCAACUGCUCAUGUUCAAGGAGGAGCUUAACAGGCCCUGGGUUUCCAAACUCGCGCUGAGCUAUUAUCAGGUUGUACAUUAAAACACAAAGCCACCUCAUCACA